AUCAUCAUCUCUCUCUCGGAUCCAUGGCCUUUAACAAUUUCACACGCCUCGAUGCUCAAUCCGCCGCCGAGAAAGCCGUCUCAGUGAUCGGAUUAGGUUACGAUCUCUGCUCCGAUGUUCGUUUCUCCGCUUGUAAAACUACACCAGACGGUUCUAGGUUAGUAGAAAUCGACCCGACCCGGAACCGUGACUUAGUCUUCCCCGGUGGGAUCGUCGUUAAUAACGUCUCGAGCUCGAUUAAGUGCGAUAAAGGCGAACGUACUCGAUUACGCUCCGAUAUACUCUCUUUUAAUCAGAUGUCGGAGAAGUUUAAUCAAGAUAUGUGUCUCUCCGGGAAGAUUCCGUCGGGGAUGUUUAAUAAUAUGUUUGCGUUUAGUAAAUGUUGGCCUAAAGAUGCGAGCUCUGUGAAGAAUUUAGCUUAUGAUGGUUGGUUUAUUAGCUUGUAUAGUGUUGAGCUUGUUAGGAAGCAAUUGACUCUACGUGAUGAAGUGAAACGUGAGGUUCCUUCUUCUUGGGACUCUGCUGCACUUGCUGGGUUUAUUGAGAAAUAUGGUACUCAUGUAGUUGUUGGAGUGACUAUGGGAGGUAAAGAUGUUAUUCAUGUGAAGCAGAUGCGUAAAUCGAAUCACGAACCUGAUGAAAUUCAGAAAAUGUUGAAGCAUUGGGGUGACGAAAGAUUUUGUGUUGAUCCUGUUGAAAGUAAAUCUCCUGCUUCUGUUUAUUCCGGGAAGCCAAAGGAGGAGAAUCUUCAUCAAUGGGGACUUCAACCGUUUGGUACCUCGGUUAGCUCUGCUGUUGUCACGCACACCAAGAACGAGGAGAUUGUGAGAGUUUGUAUCAGAAGAGGAGGUGUUGAUCUGGGGCAAAGUCAUGAACGAUGGCUCUCAACAGUAUCACAAUCACCCAACGUCAUAUCCAUGUGUUUUGUUCCUAUAACUUCACUCUUGAGCGGUCUCCCAGGAACAGGAUUUCUUAGUCAUGCAGUGAACUUAUACCUCCGAUAUAAGCCACCGAUAGAAGAGUUGCAUCAAUUUCUUGAGUUUCAACUUCCACGCCAAUGGGCUCCGGUGUAUGGAGAUCUCCCUCUUGGACUACGCCGCUCAAAACAAAGUUCUCCAUCCCUUCAGUUCUCUUUGAUGGGUCCAAAACUAUACGUCAACACAUCAAAGGUUGAUUCAGGUGAGCGACCAGUAACCGGACUACGCUUCUUCCUUGAGGGGAAGAAAGGAAAUCAUCUAGCAAUACAUUUGCAGCACCUCUCUGCAUGUCCUCCAAGUCUCCAUCUCUCACACGAUAAAACCUAUGAACCCAUCGAUGAACCAGCUGAAAAAGGGUAUUAUGUACCUGUGAAAUGGGGAAUAUUCUCACAUGUUUGCACCUUCCCAGUUCAGUACCACGGAGCGCGGUCUGAUGACACCGCCUCUAUUGUAACUAAAGCCUGGUUAGAAGUCAAAGGAAUGGGGAUGAGGAAAGUUCUCUUCUUGAGGCUCGAUUUCUCACUCGCUGCUUCAGCUGUUACACGUAAAUCAUGCUGGGAUAAUCUUUCAACAAACUCGCGCAAAUCGGGUGUUUUCUCGAUGAUUAGUACAAGAUUAAGCACGGGUUUAAGUCCAAACCCGGCAACAACGAAGCCACAGUCUAAGAUUGAUAUAAACUCUGCGGUGUAUCCUAGAGGGCCAUCGCCGCCUGUGAAACCAAAGCUGCUGAGUCUUGUAGACACGAAGGAGGUGAUGAGAGGUCCAGAGGAACAACCUGGAUAUUGGGUUGUGACUGGGGCUAAACUUUGUGUUGAGGCAGGGAAGAUCUCAAUCAAAGCUAAAUACUCUCUGCUUACUGUCAUAUCGGAAGACUCGCUGGUCUGAGUGAUUCAUUCAUUGAGUUCCAAAAGGACAGGGAGAGGUGUCUAUGUGGGGAACACAAGUGUAGUGUGUGUGUUGGCUUUUUGCAGGUUUCAGUUUGUGAUUAGCUUUAAUCAGGUGUUUUUGGGUUUUGAACAAAUUUAUUUAUCUGUU